CAUAAUAUUUUGGUAUUCCCAUAUGUAUGUACAGACUUACAAAUGGUAAUCCCUUAAGUAAUUUUAUACCACAGUCUAAAUUUACGACUUAUUUUAUACCACAAUCGUUCAGUCAUCGGUCGUUCGAACUUGUUCAAUUUUCUCGAUCUCAAUUUAUCGCCGAUAAUGUGCGUGUGUACGUGUAUUGUGAUUAUUCUGACAAUUUUUGUUAUUUUUUUCGUUCAAAAAUUUUCGAAUAAAAACAAAAACAAGACUCAAAAAUUUAAAACUACCGAUGAAAACAAAAAAAAUUAUAAAAAGCUAAUUUCGGUAAAUUUUCAUUUCACAAGAAAAUGUAAUUAUGAAUGUGGAUUUUGUUUUCAUACUGCUAAAACUAGCCACUACACCGAGCUAGAAGAGGCAAAACGAGGUCUUCGUAUGGUCAAAGAAGUAGGUAUGAAAAAAAUUAAUUUUUCUGGUGGCGAACCGUUUCUUUAUCCAAAAUACUUAGGAGAGCUAAUAAAAUUCUGUAAAACAACUCUGGAACUCGAAUCAACCUCGAUUGUUUCAAACGGGUCACAAAUAAAAGAAUCUUGGUUCCAAAAGUAUGCAAAAUAUUUGGACAUUCUUGCAAUUUCUGUUGAUUCUUUCAAUGAAGAAACAAACAUAAGAAUUGGACGAGGUCGCGGUAAACAUUUGGAGAAACUGUCUGAUAUUCGCGACUGGUGCGAAAAAUACAACGUCAAAUUCAAACUUAAUUCCGUUAUCGGCACCUAUAAUUGGCAAGAAAACAUGGUUGAAGAGAUUGAGAACUUGAGACCGUUUCGAUGGAAGGUUUUUCAGUGUUUGUUAGUCGAUACUGAGAAUGCUGGCGAACAGGCGAUUCGCAAAGCCAAAGAAUUCAUCAUCACCGAUCAACAAUUCGAAGAUUUUUGCUCAAGACACCGACAUUUGUCGAGCUUUGUUCCUGAGCCCAACGUCUUGAUGAAAGAAUCGUACAUUAUAUUGGACGAAUAUAUGCGGUUUUUGAACAAAGGUGACGUUUAUAAGGAGUCAAAGUCUAUUUUGGAAGUUGGAAUUCUUAAAGCGAUGGAACAAAUUGAUUUUGAUGAAAAAUCAUUCAACGCUCGAGGUGGAGUAUACGAUUGGACAAAAACGGACCAUUUAAAUGUUAAUGGUAAUUGUGGUUCUGACGAUAAGCUUUCUUGGUAAUUGAAAUUGAACAAAAAUAAUAUUUUUAAAACUCAGGGAAAAAUACCAUAUAUUAUUAUAUAUAAAAAUAUGUUAUAUACAC